AUGAAGUCCAAGCACAAACCCAGUUCUCUACUUGCCACGAAUCGUAUAAGGUGUCACUGUGAAAACGCCCACAGAUGUCAAUGUCCAGAAGAGUCCUUGAGUCACCUAAGAAACUCUUCAGCAUUACCAAUAGAAACACCCUCCUACAACCUCACAAAGGAAGACGAUAGUGUGAUGACUAUAACUGAGGAAGGAGAAUUCGUGCUCACACUAGACUCCAAAAUACUGGUGAAUGCGUCAGAAAUCGUGACAAAGAAAAAGUGCGAAAUCCAGACAAUUGAUCUCACAGGUUGCUACAACUGUGAACAUGGAGCUAGACUAGUUACUAGGUGCCGUUCACAACUGGACAUAAGAGUUACAGUUGUUUGCAAAACAUUCGAGUUCGUCACUCAUUGUGGGCCAAUGAAUGUCAACAAGACCACUUUUGUUAGCCUUCGAUCUUGCCAUCGUCCGAGAAACAUGCACAACCGACUGUUCAGAGAAUGUCGAUAUCAAAAGCGUGCUAAGCUACCACAUUGGGCUCAACACGGCUGUCUUUGA